ACCGGUUAUCCUGCUGAAGGAGGGGACAGAUACCUCCCAGGGUAUUCCUCAGCUCAUCAGUAACAUCAAUGCCUGUCAGGUGAUCGCGGAGGCGGUGAGAACCACACUGGGUCCCCGCGGCAUGGACAAACUGAUCGUGGACAACAGAGGAAAAGCAACCAUCUCUAAUGAUGGUGCCACCAUUCUCAAGCUGUUGGAUGUGGUUCACCCUGCAGCCAAGACUCUGGUGGACAUCGCCAGAUCCCAGGACGCUGAGGUCGGUGAUGGCACGACCUCUGUGACCCUGCUGGCCGCAGAGUUUCUGAAGCAGCUGAAAUCGUAUGUGGAGGAAGGGCUCCACCCCCAGACCAUCAUCCGCGCCUUCCGCACAGCCACCAACCUCGCCGUCAAAAAGAUCAAAGAGAUCGCCGUCACGGUCAAGAAAGACGACAAGCAAGAGCAGAGGAAGCUGUUGGAGAAAUGCGCGGCCACAGCGCUGAACUCUAAGCUGAUCGCUGGGCAGAAGGACUUCUUCUCCAAGAUGGUGGUGGACGCAGUGAUGAUGCUGGACGAGCUGCUGUCCCUGAAGAUGAUUGGUGUGAAGAAAGUGCAGGGCGGAGCUUUGGAGGACUCUCAGCUGGUGGCGGGUGUGGCCUUUAAGAAGACCUUCUCCUACGCGGGCUUCGAGAUGCAGCCCAAACGCUACGAGAACCCAAAGAUCGCCCUGCUCAACAUCGAGCUGGAGCUCAAGGCCGAGAAGGACAACGCAGAGGUCCGGGUCAACACAGUAGAGGACUACCAGGCCAUAGUGGAUGCUGAGUGGAACAUUCUCUACGAUAAACUGGAGAAGAUCUAUAAGUCCGGCGCUAAAGUGGUUCUGUCCAAGCUGCCCAUCGGAGACGUGGCUACACAGUACUUCGCCGAUCGGGACCUGUUCUGUGCCGGCCGGGUACAGGAGGAAGACCUCAAGAGAACCAUGAUGGCCUGCGGGGGCUCCAUCCAGACCAGCGUCAGUUCCCUGACUGACGACGUCCUGGGCCAGUGUGAGCUGUUUGAGGAGGUGCAAGUCGGAGGAGAGAGGUACAACUUCUUUAAGGGCUGUCCGAAGGCCAAGACGUGCACCAUCAUCCUGAGGGGCGGAGCGGAGCAGUUUAUGGAGGAGACGGAGCGCUCUCUGCACGACGCCAUCAUGAUCGUGCGCCGGGCCAUCAAGAAUGACUCCAUCGUGGCUGGUGGGGGAGCCAUAGAGAUGGAGCUGUCGAAAUACCUGAGGGAUUACUCCAGGACCAUCCCCGGCAAACAGCAGCUUCUCAUCGGGGCGUACGCCAAAGCCCUGGAGGUCAUCCCCCGACAGCUGUGCGACAAUGCAGGCUUCGACGCCACCAACAUUCUCAACAAACUGAGGGCCAAGCAUGCACAGGGCGGUAUGUGGUACGGCGUGGACGUGAACAACGAGGACAUCGCCGAUAACUUCCAGGCGUGCGUGUGGGAACCAGCCAUCGUGAGGAUCAACGCCCUGACCGCGGCCUCCGAAGCCGCCUGCCUCAUCCUCUCCGUGGACGAGACCAUCAAAAACCCCCGCUCCUCCGUCGACGCCCCCGCAGGACGCGGGCGGGGUCGCGGGAGACCCCCCCACGCCCACUAGACCCGUCCCCUCUCGCGGACGCUUAGUCUCCAACAGUUUAGGUUUUGGACUCUUUGAAAGGUUGAAAAAACACAAGAAGUGUCGAUUUUUUUUUGUCUGCUCCGCUAACCAGUUUGUGUUUUUGUUUUGUUACUGAAUAUCAAGCAGCGUGUCCUGACAUCUCAAUGUGUUUGAGCAGACAGACAGGGGGGGAAAAAACCCCCCCACCAGAAAUAAAGGUAGCUUUUGCUAAUAUCACUCCUAAGGGUUUUUUUUUUUGUGUGAGUCUUGUGAGUUCAGCGAGGUCACCGCUCCUGUAGGAUAGCGGGGGGGGGGAAUCUUAGGUAUGCUGGUUGUUGCGUACGAGUAAAUUUCACGCGUAACUCUCGAGCAAAAGCUUGCUGUUCUGUUUGGCGUAAAAAAAAAACACAUUGAUGUUUUGGCGGUGAAGUCCUGCUGCUUCGCUGGAUGGAACUAUUUAUUGGACCAUUAAAAUCAAUACUUCCACUUCUCA